GUCAUCACCAUUGUGAGUGUGCAGUAGAUUUCUGACCAGAAGACGCACUGCUGUGUUCUACUUGGGAUCAGAUCUACGAACACAGUUGACGACCUGUCUGUGUUCCUGACAAUCGAUUAUAGUGGAGUGGUAGAUUGGGAUUCUAAAUUGGAAGAAGAUUUGAAAAAUGAAAAGAAUGCCUUCCAGACUACUUCUAGUGUGCAGCAAUAUACUCCCGGUUGCCCUGCUAAUUGCUAACAUCGCCAUGGGUGCGGUGUACCUGAACGACUGCCCUCGACAGCCUUACAUCCCCAUCUAUCUGAUAGUUCUGGGGGCCUUUGGCCUGGUCACCAUCCUCCCCUUCUGCUUCUGCCAGCCCAAUCUGGUGCUUGUCUGCACCCUCUGGAACGGCCUGUUGGACACAUUCCUGUUCUGCUGGUUCAUCAAUGGUAACGUGUGGAUCUACUCCAUCUAUCAGCCUAACUACAACCAGACUCUGACUGAGAAGGACCCGUACCAGUCCAACUACAACCAGACUCUGACUGAGAAGGAUCUGUACUGUAACAAGACCCUGUACCUGUUUGCCUUCUGGACCACCACACUGAAUUACUUGAUAUUGUUGAGUCUGUGCGUGGUUCUUUGUUGUUGUUGCUGUGGUGUCGCAAUAUGUGCUUGUAUAGAAGGAGGACCUGAGGUAGAAAGGGUUCCGAUGGGAGAGAGUGGUGAUCCGGAAGGGGAGAUUUAGAAAAAGGUUUAGUACAGGGUUUCCCAUCCCUUUCCUCAGCCCCCCCCCCCCCAUGUUCAUGUUAACACUUUACAUUAGGGUAGAUCUACUUUAUAUGAGUUUAUAAUACUUUACAUGAGGGAAUAUCCAAAGGGAGGUUGUAAAGGGUUUUUAUAGAUAGUAAAUUAUUACUGUAGUUUAUAAACACAUAACUCAUUGGUU